AUGGGUGGCAGUGACAUCCUGGCCUCUACGAACCCAUACGGUAACUACACCGUUGUCGACAGGGUUCCACAAGAGCUCUUGGGUUACAUUCACAACCACUGGUACCAGUACCCUCCCAUGAACCCUCUGUGGUACAGCCUAGUUGGAGUAUUCAUGUUUGUUACGGGUACUCUUGCUGUCUGUGGUAACUUUGUCGUUAUCUGGGUCUUCAUGUGCACCAAAUCUCUCAGGAGUCCAUCAAAUAUGUUUGUUCUGUGGUUCAUGGCAUGGACUCCUUACUUCGUAAUCAAUAUUGUAGGCAUGAACUACAAGCCUUUGAUUACACCUCUCUUCACCAUUUGGGGUUCAGUUUUCGCUAAGGCCAAUGCUGUGUACAACCCCAUUGUUUAUGCCAUCAGCCAUCCUAAGUACCGAGCAGCCAUGGAGAAGAAACUGCCAUGCCUUUCUUGCCAAACUGAGAGGGAUGAGGACUCAAGUGUGUCUGAGGCUGCCUCAACCAACGAGAAAUGCUAA